CUCCAAUAAGGGUUUAAUCCCUUGCAUUCACAGUUUGUUGCACAGGACGGCGGCUUCUCUCCACCACACAAGCAUAGAAAUCAAUUCCAAACAUGUCGCUGCUCACGCACCUGUUGGCGUGUCUGUUUGGAAUGGGCUCCUGGGUUUCCAUCAACGGCCUGUGGGUGGAGCUGCCUCUCAUCGUCAAUCACAUCCCAGAGGGCUGGUAUCUGCCCUCGUACCUCUCUGUCCUCAUCCAAAUGGCCAACGUCGGACCUCUCUUCGUCACGUUGAUGCAUCGCUUCAGGCCCGGUGUCCUGAAUGAGUCUGCUGUCAUAUAUGUGAUCAUCAGCCUGGGGACCGUGGCAAGCUUCUUGCUGGGUUUUUUCUGGAAGGAGACUGUUGUAGUGGCGGGUGUUCCUCGCAGUGUAGCCCUCCUCGUCUUAACUUUUUUCCUCGCUGCUGUCGACUGCACUUCAUCUGUCACAUUCCUGCCCUUCAUGAUGAAGCUCAAGCCUCAGUAUCUUACCACCUACUACAUUGGGGAGGGUGUGAGCGGCCUGCUGCCUGCUGUAGUGGCUCUGAUCCAGGGUGUUGGAGUGGUCCACUGCGUAAACAACACACAAACCCUGAACUCCUCCAACAGUUCUGAGAUCUUUCACCUCCAUGCCCAGUAUCAACCCGCAAACUUCUCAGCUGAGGUCUUCUUCUUCAUCCUGAGCACCAUGAUGCUGGUGUGUCUGGUGGCUUUCCUGCUGCUGAACUACCACCCAGCUGUGGGCAGGGAACAUUCCAACAAUCAGUACACUAACGGGGUGAAAGAGUCAUCUCAGAAAAACAGAAAUAGUGUCGAGCAUAAGGCCAUGAUGGACCCCUACAGACCUGCAAACCAGAAGCGCAAAAGCAGCUUUGGCACUGGUGCUUACAGCGGGAUGCAGGUGUUGUACAUCUUUGGGAUUCUGGCCUGGGUCAACGCUCUGAGUAACGUGGUGCUUCCCUCGGUGCAGUCGUACUCCUGCAUGCCAUAUGGAAACAACAUCUACCACUUAUCGGCCACCAUGGCUGCCGUGUCGAACCCUCUGGCCUGCUUCAUCGCCCUGUUCCUCCCUAUAAGGUCUCUGCUGCUGAUGGGAGCUCUCACAGUGAUUGGCAGUGUAGCUGGAGCUUAUAUCAUGGGCAUGGCCGUGCUCAGUCCAUGUCCACUGCUGGUCAAUGGUGCCUCAGGUGGUGUCAUCAUUGUGUUGGUCUGGAUCCUCUUCAUUCUCACUCUGUCCUAUGUGAAGGUGAUGAUUGGUGUGAUCCUGCGUGACGAGGGCCACAGCGCCCUCGUGUGGUGUGGAGCUGUGGUGCAGUUAGGUUCCCUGCUGGGAGCCGUGACCAUGUUUCCACUGGUCAGCGUGUACAGCUACUUCUCAUCAGGAGACGCGUGCAACACAAAAUGUGCUACUGGACGUCCUUAAUGGCAACAUAAUUUACAAAACUGACAGAUACUGUAACUUAAACGAAGAGCUGAAUCCUCCAAAGGAUGUGCUCGACAGAGGCUGUGACUUUGUUGACCACAUCCACCGAAGGAAAUGGAAUUCAGAUGCACAACAGUGGUGUCACCAAUUCUUGUUCUUCUUGUCUCCUCCAAUAAUUUCCAGCAGGCUGUACACUGAGAGCCAAAGAAAUCUUAACAAAACUGAUAUAUUUUUUCCAAAACUUUUUUCCAAUGUAGUGGUAGAAGUAAUAGUGAUAUUCCCUGUAGUACUGUAUCUGUGAUUCCAAAUCAUCUGCCUAGUGAAGUGAUGUUUUACUGCAGGUGGAACCAGAACCACAGCUUUACUUUCACACUGACUGAACAUUUCAGUUCAGUGUUUCUGCCACAGGUUGGUUUAUUUUGCUGUUCAUGUGUUGAAU